GGUGGGGGGUCGGGACAGGAGAAUUGGAGGUCGGGACGGGGUGGAUGGGGACAUGGCGGAAAGCCUACGGAGCCCUCAAGGAUUCAACCAAGGUCGGGCUCGCCAAGGUCAACAGCGAAUUCAAGGAUCUGGAUGUUGCGAUUGUGAAGGCUACGAAUCAUGUCGAAUGCCCACCGAAGGAACGGCACGUGCGAAAGAUAUUUGCUGCUACAGCUGCAUCACGGCCACGAGCAGAUGUAGCUUACUGCAUAUAUGCACUUGGCAGGAGAUUGUCCAAGACACGUAAUUGGACGGUUGCUCUGAAAACAUUGAUAGUUAUGCACAGGACACUGAGAGAGGGUGAUCCUACAUUCCGUGAGGAACUAUUGAGUUACUCUCGUCGAGGAAGUGUUCUGCAGAUAUCCAACUUUAAGGAUGAUUCAGGUCCUCUAGCUUGGGAUUGUUCUGCAUGGGUAAGAACAUAUGCACUCUACCUAGAGGAGCGGCUUGAGUGUUUUAGGAUCUUAAAAUAUGAUAUUGAAGCAGAACGACUGAUGAAAUCUCCACAGCAUUCAGCUAAGGGACACAGCCGGACCAGAAGCUUAUGCUGUCCGGAUCUGUUGGAACAGUUGCCCGCUCUGCAACAGCUCCUGUUCCGCCUUAUUGGUUGCCAACCUGAAGGAGCAGCAUUUGGGAACUUUCUUGUUCAAUACGCACUUGCUCUGGUUUUGAAAGAGAGCUUCAAAAUAUAUUGUGCAAUCAAUGAUGGAAUCAUCAAUCUGGUGGAUAUGUUCUUUGAGAUGUCAAAAUAUGAUGCCAUCAAGGCCCUUGAAAUAUACAAAAGAGCUGGGCAGCAGGCAGAAGCUCUCUCGGAAUUUUAUGAAAUCUGCAAACAUUUGGAACUUGCCAGGAACUUUCAGUUCCCAACUCUGAGACAGCCACCUACUUCAUUUCUUGCAACAAUGGAAGAAUACAUCAGAGAAGCACCUGGGAUUGGUUCUAUUUCAAGUAAGAAGCUGGAAUAUGAAGAGAAGAACGAACCAACAGAAGAUCAAGAAGAAGCCCCUCCUCCAGAGACUGAGAAACCAGAGGAAGAUGAGAAGCAGCCACCUGAAGAGGAACAGCCACCAGAGCCUGAACCUAUAAUGGAGGCUGAACCCCAGCCAGCUACUAUGGGGGACCUGUUGGGCUUAGAUGAAAUAAAUCCUGCUGCUGCUGAACUUGAGGAAAGUAACGCAUUGGCUCUAGCCAUCAUUUCACCAGGGAAUGAUACAAAGGCCUCGACAGCUCAUGACUUGUUUGGAACUGAUUCAUCUGGGUGGGAGUUAGCGUUGGUCACUACUCCAAGCAGCAACACCAGCCACUUGGUUGAGAGCCAACUGGCUGGUGGGUUCGACAGGCUUUUGCUCGAAAGCCUCUACGAAGAUUCAUCAAGGAGGCAACAAAUUGCUGCGGCUUACUCCGGCGGCGGCAUGGACGCUAAUCCUUUCGACUUCGGAGAUCCCUUCGCCAUGUCGAACAGCAUCGCGCCUCCACCAAGCGUGCAGAUGGCCCUGAUGGCACAGCAGCAACAGCAGCUGUAUUAUCAGCAGCAGCAGCUACAGCAACAGUACUACUCCCCGCAGCAGCAGCAGCAGCAACAGCAGCAGAUGAUGAUGAUGAUGGUGCCUUACCAGCCUCCAUAUCCUCAGCAGCAGAUAAGCUCUGCCAAUCCCUUCGGUGACCCAUUUGCUGGCUUCCCACAGGGUUCAACCCCACAGGGCAAUCAAAAUCUUCUCUGAGGAGGCCAUUUCCUCGCUCUUCUUCAACCGUAUAUCUUCCAUCAAGGCAUAUGUGUUGGUGAUUCAGGACACCAACUCAUGUUAUAUGAUUCUGUAUACAAGCCCUAUCUUUAUUGUACCAUUACCUAUGUUAGAUCCGACGACCACUAUGUUCUUCCAUGGCAGCACGAACUGCAUGUAGCAAACUCUGCAUGCCGGGCG